AUGACCGGCGUCCUUGUGCGGCCAAGUGGACGCGACUUGAUUAGGCGCGAGCAAGGAGGACGGACAGGCAGAGGAGACGCAGUACGAGGCUCACCUUGCUCCCGCCGCCGCCGUCGGCCUCGGCCGCGAGGGCCGGGAGCGGCCAGACUGCGGGGAGUCGCCGGGGUCGCGGGCAGUACGAGGUGGGUGCGGAGCCGCAGCCGCGUCGGCCGGUCGCCGUUCCUGAACGCCUCGGCGCUCAUCAGCCUCUUCGGCACCCACGGCUUCAACGUGCAGGACAUGGUAGCGCUCUCCGGCGUGCACACUCUGGGCGUGGCGCACUGCCUGUCGUUCACGCCCCGCCUCAAGUUCGAGGCGGCCACGCUGGACGCCGGAUUCGCGUCGUCGCUGGCGGCCACGUGCAGCAAGGGCGGGGACUCGGUGACGGCGACGUUCGACCGGACGAGCACGGCGUUCGACGACGUCUACUUCAAGGAGCUGCAGCAGCGGAGGGGCCUGCUGAGCUCGGACCGGACGCUGUUCGAGUCGCCGGAGAUGCAACGGCUUGUGAACAUGUUCGCCAUGAACCAGGGCCACUUCUUCUACGUGUUCCAGCAGGGGAUGGGCAAGAUGGGUGCGGGCAAGAGCUUGAGCUCCGUGCAAGGAUAG